UCUCGUCGCAAAACCCUAAAUUGGUCUAUCAUAUAGAAUCGAAAUGAACACAAUCACGAAAGCCUCACUAUUUCUUCCGUAGGGUUUGUUAAGGCGACGAAACUUACUGAGUCGCCUCAUAACCCUAGUUUCUUAAUCUCGUCGCUUCGUCAACAUGGCAUCUAAGAGGAAGAACAGGGAGCCAAAAGAAGAAAAUAUUACCCUUGGACCUGCUGUCAGAGAAGGAGAGCACGUCUUCGGUGUCGCACACAUUUUUGCAUCAUUCAAUGACACCUUCAUCCAUGUAACUGAUCUGUCUGGAAGAGAAACCCUUGUUCGCAUCACUGGUGGUAUGAAGGUGAAAGCUGAUAGAGAUGAAUCUUCUCCAUAUGCUGCCAUGCUUGCAGCGCAGGAUGUUGCACAGAGAUGCAAGGAACUGGGCAUUACUGCUCUUCAUAUUAAGCUCCGUGCUACUGGAGGGAACAAAACAAAAACCCCUGGUCCGGGUGCUCAGUCUGCACUCCGUGCUCUUGCUCGUUCUGGAAUGCGAAUUGGUCGUAUUGAGGACGUCACACCAAUUCCUACUGAUAGCACUCGCAGAAAGGGUGGUAGAAGAGGUAGAAGGCUGUAGGCUUGUUUUUUUUUUACGUGGCCGAGUUAUGCAGUGGCAACUGUUGCGGUUUCACUUUGCAUGGGAUGAGAGACUUUGCUAAAAGUUAGGUUGAUGUUAUUUUCCAGUUUGAAAUGAUAUGUAGUUUUCUCAACUUAGUUAGACUUUGUCAAAGAUUCAUUUCAAGAUGUAGAAAGAGUGUGCGAUACUGAGUUGCAUUGGCACUUGGAAACUUUUUGAAAAAUUUCUUGCCCGUUGGUUCGUAUUUACGCUCGGCAUCAUGAGCAAGUCCUUUUUAUGUAUGGAUUUUUUUUUAAUUGCACUCUCUCUCUCUUUUCCGUUC